AUGGAACCCAGAGAGGCUCGGCAUAGAAAGCAGCGCGCUGACCAGAGCGCAACUACCACAGGAGUGUGUGUCAUCUGCCCUGUGAACACUGUGCUCCGGACCGCAACGCACUCUAGCUUCGGGUUUGCCUCGCGGUUUGCUCCUGCUAACUGUCCCGGGGUUCCUGGGCCCCGACCUGGACAACUCUGCGCUCUGGCCGGGCGGGUUAACCGAGCAGAUGCUGCAACUCCAAGCACCAGGAGCGUGUUUGCAGGGCUCGAGGAAGAGGAAAAGGGAUGCCAGCUCUUGACAGUCUCUGGUCCUACAUUUCCCUGUAGCCCCAGCGCAGAGAGCUCACUGCAUCUAGCACCUCUGCAGGAAGGACCAGGCUACGGUUCUUCCGGGUGCACCUCGGGGAACCUCAGGACCUGGGCGCACCGAGAGCUGAAACGAGAGUCAGAACUGAACAGGACUUGGGGUGGGCACUUGGGGAUCGGCCACUGCGCUCACCUGUCAGUGGGGUGGGUCUUCCGGUGCUGCGCUGCCGAAGCGUGGCGCUGCGAGCAACCGCGGCCCGAGCCGCUGGAUCAGCCGGACCGAGACGCUGCCACUGCUCACUGGGUCGCCAGGUCCGCGAAGGGCGCACCGAGUGUCAGGCAUCUCCGGGUCUUCGGUUUAAAUGCCUCUGGCCAAGCACGGCGCCCCGAGCCCCGCCUCUCCAUUGGCCAGGCGCCGCUGCCGCCGCCUCGGGACCCGCUAUCCGCCCCCUUUCCCGCCGGCUUCGCCAAGAGUCCAGGCUGCCCUGGACAGGGCAAGAACCCCCAGCGGAAGGCUACAAACAAGGCGGUUCCUCACCCCGGGAAGAGGCACACCGCCGGAUGCUAUGGUCCAGCGGUGGCGGAGCCUCGGCGGCUCCGCCGGAGGCCCCCGACUUCGAGGGCGCUGACCCCUGCGCCCGCGUCAACCCGGCGGGCUCGCGCGCAGCCAACAGGAGUCUGUCGCCAACAUGACACCCUCCUCUCCUCUCUCUCCACGCGUUCCUUCAGCUCUGACGCCGGCUUCGGCUGUGAGUGUAUGGCCGGGAGAAUAAAACUAAAAGGACCCUCCGUAGUCAACGUUUCCAUUUGUAAAUGGCCUUAAAAAGAGCAAGAACAAUCACUAAGCGAUAAGGGUUUUCUGUAGCAUAUUAAAGGUGAAUAAAUCGGAGGGGGGGCGGAAGUUAGGCAAGGAAAUAUCUUCCCAGCAGUUUAAUUAAAAAAAAAAAAAACUACUUAAGUUACUUAAGUGAACACCCCAAGGCACAUUUUGCAGUCAUUACUAAGAACCUGAUGGACAGAAAAAAACACAGCAGUGGUAUAGUCUCCCAUAGAUGCAUGAACACAUUCAUUUAUUUUCUUAGUUUAAAAUUAGUUCUUCAAAGAACCAUCAGUUGUAUGUGUCAAAGAAAUUGCAGUCUGUGCAAAAAUCAACCGGUCUGCGACGUCUCAUCUGCAGACUUGAGUAGGUUCAGUGAAGACUUUGCAAAAGAUUUGUCGAAGGAGCAUACUGAAGGUGCCUGUGUUGCCUCACGAACCAGAACAGUGAAACCACCAAAGGAUGCUUAAGAAACGAUCGUGAUUUAAGCACUUGGCUAGGAAAAUAAAACCGA